UAUUCUUUUUAAAUCUCAUCAUCUUGAUAAGAUGAAAUUAGAGCAUGAUGGUGAAAAAAACCUAUAGUAGUGAUAAAUAAGAUGAAAGAGAAAAAAGAAAAGUUGAGACAGCUCAAUCUUUGUGAAAGGGAGCUGAAACUGAAAACCCCCCACAGAAAUCCUAACAUUUUAUAUGGCAUCUUAAGGUAUCCAUGUUAAUGAAAACCAAUCCCACUUUGUUGACGCAUGCCAUAAUGGAACGUAGCUCCACAUUCUCCUUCUUCUUCCUCUUCUUCAUCUUCACAUUUCAAUAUACCACAGUAGUCUUCUCCAUGACCACCACCCAACAACGUUUUAAAGAAGCUCCAAAGUUCUAUAACUCCCCCACAUGCCACACCCUACAGCACCACCCGAAUGACACGUGCCCUGGAAACGCAGUCCACGUGGCAAUGACCCUGGACGUCACAUACCUCCGAGGCUCCAUGGCGGCAAUCCUCUCCGUGCUCCAACACAGCUCAUGUCCGGAAAACGUGAUUUUUCACUUCCUCUCCGCAGCCUCUCAACCUUCUUCCUUCGCUACCCUUAACCAAACACUAACCAAUUCCUUUCCUUACUUGAAUUUCCAAAUCUACCCCUUCGACGACCACGCCGUUUCGCGGCUCAUCUCCACUUCCAUACGCUCCGCGCUGGACACGCCCCUCAACUACGCGCGAAGCUACCUCGCAGACCUCCUUCCUCGCUGCGUCGUCAGAGUCGUAUAUCUUGAUUCCGACUUAAUCCUUGUUGACGACAUCGCCAAACUCGCCGCCACGCCGCUGGGUGACACGGAGGUCCUAGCCGCGCCGGAGUACUGCUCCGCCAACUUCUCGGCCUACUUCACACCCUCGUUCUGGGCCAACCCCUCGCUCUCACUCUCGUUCUCGAACCGGAAGCGGCCGUGCUACUUCAACACCGGCGUUAUGGUGAUUGACCUACAUCAGUGGCGGGCGGGGGACUAUACAACAGUGAUCGAAGAGUGGAUGGAGUUGCAGAAGAGGAUGCGGAUCUACGAGCUCGGGUCACUUCCACCGUUCUUGCUGGUCUUCGCCGGAAGGAUUGCGGCGGUGGAUCGCCGGUGGAAUCAGCACGGGCUCGGCGGGGAUAAUUUUCGUGGGCUUUGCCGGAAACUGCAUCCCGGGCCCGUGAGCCUGCUGCAUUGGAGUGGGAAGGGGAAGCCUUGGGUCAGGCUCGACGCCAACAUGCCUUGUCCUUUGGACACUAUGUGGGCUCCCUACGAUCUGCUCCAAAGUCCUUUUGCUCUUCAGGCGUAGCGCACCUCCUAGUUCUACAGUUUUCGAUUUUGUUAUUAAAAAUUUAUUACA